AUGACCUCGUCAGCGUCGAGCUCGUCGAGACCGCAAUUCAUCCGGUCGAUAUCGUCUAGUUCCACCAAAGACAAACCUCGGCUGUACAUUGCGCUCUAUCCGCGCGGGGGAUCGUCGACGCUCUCGACCUUCCGCAGCACCUUUGACUGCGACUCGUACCACUGGUCCAUCAUCGUCGGUCCGCAGACAGCCGACAGAAAGGAUCCCGGCGUGCGGUACCACAUCGCGCACGUCCUCGACGACGGCGACGCGCGAAAGUUCAUCUACGAAGAGCAAGACAUCCCGUCCAACGUCGGGGCCCAAAGCGGCCUGGUCCGCGUCGCCAUCGCCAAAGUCACGGACCAACGGCGCCUGCAAGGCCUGCUGCGCGACAUGGUGCUUCGAGAGGACGACUCGGCCUUCAACUGUCUCACGUGGGUCCGCGAGGCGUUUGUCAAGCUGCUCGACGACGGCAAGUCUGUCAAGAGUUACCUGAAGCCCGAGGACUGGAGUGCCGUCGAGACGUGCGCGAGGAAAUACUGCAAGCGCAAACGCGACGCCGGCCGGUUCAGGCUGGACAACAAUGGCAACCGUCGUGGUGGUGGUGACGCGAACAACAGGUGGAAUCCUGAAAUGAUUAGUACCUUUAACUUUUGGGAGAACAGAGAAACGACGCCAUGA